GUGGAUUUCAUUAAGUCAAUUUAAGAAAUGGGGGUGCUGUCACGUACAUUAAAGCCCAAUUUUUUGGGUUUACUAAAAUUUCUAAACAACAUGAACUGGUUUAUUGUGUUUUUUAGUUUAAUUAAUCUUUCAGUGUGCAUAUACGAGGACCAAAUCGGCAAAUUCGACUGGCGGCAGAGUUAUGUAGGGCGGAUAAAGUUUUCACAGUUCGACACUGUGUCUACAGCUAAAAAAAUCAUAGUUGCCACAGAAGAGAACGUACUAGCCGCACUCAAUUUGAAGACAGGUCAAGUAGUAUGGCGGCAUGUGUUUGAGACUGCUUCAGCAGGGAACAUACAGCUGCUCCAUGUGGGGGAGAAAGUCACCACUGUGACGGGCUCCAACCCUUACCUGGUGAGAGGAUGGAACUCUGCUACAGGAGUCCUUAUGUGGGAGUGGUCUCUGACUCUCCAGAAUGCUCAACAAACAGACUAUUCUGAGUGGUUGGUCCAGAAUAACAUGCUGGUUCACAUGCUGCCAGUGUUUGGUUCACAUCUAGAGGUCACCAUGUACAACCUGCUCACUGGCAGCAACCGUGGGGCUACAUCCAGGUUAUCUGCUGCUUGGAGUAAUGAUGGAUGUAUUUUAACGGGUCCAUAUUACACAUGCGUCAGCGGCGACAUGGGGAGCCAACUCCUUCUAUCAUUAGAUGUCACUGCAAACGCAAUACAAUUCAUCAGCAAACCGCUGUCUAACUACAUCAACCUCCAACAGUCUAUUGGUGGCAACUUGAGGCCUCUAGACAGUAGCGUAGUGCCUGGCUUUAUAGUUGAUGACAAGAAGGUUAUAUUGAUAAAGGAGGGUAGUUUUGUAAUGGUUGGGAAGGAGUUGGUGGAUGAAACAGCGAGUGUCGCUGUCAUUGAUGGCGGCAGUGAACAGAUCAUGCUGCAGACUUGGGCGGAUGAUGUAAAGGGCUUUCAACUGUCAGCAUACAGUAUAUCGAGCAACAGUGAGGUGACAGAGAUCCACUGUUCAGAUCCGACGAUGAACAUUCCGGAGCCAGAGUUCAAAGCUGUGAUGUGUACACGCAAAGCCAAGGAGCAGUUCGCUUGCAGGAUACUGGUCAAUGGUGCUGAUGAUGCAGUGCAUUUGAUGCAGCAAGGAGGCCGAGUGUUGUGGACGCGGGAGGAGGCUCUCGCCAACGUGGUGACGGCAGAGUUCGUCGACCUUCCUGUCUCUGAUACCGACGCGGCCAUCGAAUCGGAGUUCGAUCAGAAAGAAGGUUCCGUGUGGUCGGCGUUCUCCCGUCGCCUGCACUCGCAGUACACACAGCUGCAGAAUCUGAUCAGAAACCUUCAAGGUCAGAGCACUCAGGAAGACUCCACUAACGCUCUGGUCCGGGACUACUUCAAUCUGCACAAAAUCAUCGUUCUCAUCACUGAAGCUGGGAAGAUAUUUGGCAUGGACAAUCUGUCCGGUGAGAUCCUGUGGAGGCGCUACGAGCCCGGCCUCGACGCAGAGGCCGUGGUGCUGUACACGCGGCGCUCCGCGCGCCAUCCGCCGCACGACGCGUACGUCACCGUCGUGGGCAAACAUGAAGAAACAGGCAACGGUUACAUCAUAAGUCUGAACCCCAUCACCGGCAACCUGGUGGGCGAGCAGACCAUCAAGUUGGACGUCCGCAUACUGCAGUGCGCGCUGCUGCACACGCCGGACUCGGAGAAACUGCACGCACUCGUGCUGUUAGACGAAGACGAGACUGUACAAGUAUUUCCGAUUUCUGCAACGUCUCUGGUUGAGAAUCUCUACAUGUACGUAGCGGAGAAAGAGAGUGGGAAAGUGCAAGGUUAUGCGCUCAAAUACAAUGGAGCGUCUGUGGAGGCCCAGCGCACGUGGUCGGUGCGGCUGGGCGGCGCGGGCGGCGCGCAGGUGGCGGCGGUGGCCAGCCGCUCGCGCCUGGAGCGGGUGCGCUCCCCGGGCAGGGCGCUCGCGGACCGCAGCGUGCUGUACAAGUACUCCAACCCCAACCUCGUGCUGUUCGUGCUCGACACGCCGGACCCGACGCACAAAGAGGUGGUGACGGCGGUGGUGCUGGACGGCGCGUCGGGCGCGCUGCUGGGCGCGUCGCAGCACCGGCGCGCGCGCGCGCUGCCGCUCGCCGUGCACGCCGACAACUGCUUCGCGUACCUCUACCGCAGCGAGAAGCAUCGCCGCCUCGAGAUUGCGACAAUGGAGCUGUACGAGGGGCAGGAGCGCUGGCUGGAGCCCGGCGCGGCGUUCAGCUCGUUCGCGUCGGACCGCGCGCCCGCCGUGGAGCGCCAGGCCUACAUCCUGCCCGCCGGCGCCACCGCCGCCGCCGUCACCAUCACCGAGCGCAGCCUAACCGACAGACACGUGCUGCUGGGUCUAACAACAGGAGCAGUGAUAGAAAUGCCCUGGGCGUACCUAGAAGCGAGACGAGGCCUGACGGGCGGCGACGAGGCCUUGCUGCCCUACACCCCGGAGCUGCCGCUGCAUGCUGAGGCCACGCUCAACUACAACCGCACGAUAGAGCGAGUGAUGGGCGUCUUCACAGCGCCUGCGGGCCUCGAAUCUACUAGUCUUGUGCUUGUCACAGGUUUAGAUUUAUUUUACACACGCGUCGCACCGUCGAAGACGUUCGAUCUCCUAAAGGACGACUUCGACUACUACCUCAUCACAAUAGUGCUAGCCGCUCUCAUAGUCGCGACUUACAGCACCAAGUACUUCGCGUCGCGGAAAAUGCUCAAACUUGCGUGGAAGUGAUGCCCGUGUUGCUAGUGAACCAGUGACGGAACAGUUUGAACUGUGUUGCCAAGUGAUAAAGUUGAUAAUUGUGUGUGAUGUGUUUGGUACUGCUGCUGUGAGAUUGACUUAUGGUAAGUCGCUUCGAAGCUUGGACUAAUUACAUAAGGAUUCGUAUCGUAAAUACGCCACAAAUUAUUUUUAAGGAUGCCUCUUUGAAAGGAAUCUUUUUUUUUAAUAUAUAAAUAUUUUGAUUAUUUUUCGCAAAUGCUUAAUGUUGAGACGGAUAAGACUGAUACUGAUACUGGAGUUACUUUUCACAGAUGUUGAUAUAAAUUAUGAACUUCUCGAACAAAAUUGCCUGUCAGUUUUAAAGGAAAAUGAGCUUAAAGUAUAUAUCCUAUACUAAACUAGAAGUUGCUGACCGUUUUUUACACCAUUCAACUACACAAAAAGAUUUUUACAGAGAUCUUUAACAGACAAACACGAUUACAACUAUGAAACAUUGAUUCUAUAGAGACAGUUUUUAUAAUUGCGUAAGAUCAUUGAUCAUAUACUUUGACAGAAGAGGAAGAUCUAGCGAGGAAGGUCCUUGUGUAAUUAGUCUGAGCUUCGAAGUAAAGGUAACUAUUGUCAUGUCAUGAAAAAGUCCAUGUGAUCUGCCACUAUCAAAUCACAAUAGCAAGUGAUAUGAAAAUAGCGUCAAAAGCUAUUUAAAUAAAGGCGAUGUUAGCAUGGACUAAGCAAUAAUUUUGAACUAUACAAAUAUACCUAAAAUAUCUAAUAAAAAAUUCAAAUAAUUAUCUGUCAUCUAUUCUGCAAAUAUUUUGCCAAACUUUAUCUUAUUGGUGAGUUAUGUUGCUCUUCACUUAAACUGCGAUUGAAGAACUUAACAGUAACUGUGGCAAGAAUAUAUUUAUAAAUAGAAAAUGUAAAAAACACAUGUUUUAAUUAAAUUAUACAUAUUUAUACUAAUAUUCAUAUUCUAUGCACUGCCAAAGACCUAUAUUUUAAUGAUAAGUGAAAUGUUUUAAACUCUCAAUUAUUCAGAUUAAGAAAAUAUUAACACAUUGUGGUCAGUUUUAGUUAAGACCUUCAAUAUGAGGAUCUUAUUUUGAAGGUCUUAACUAAAACUGGUAAAAAUACUAGGAGGUUUAUACCAAACCUGCAUCUCCAAAUAUCAAUGUUUUAACUAUGUACCCUCUGAGAAUAGCCGACAAUUGGCCGCAGAGUAUGAAAAGCACAGUAGAUUACAUGGCAGUAGACAAAAGACUACUCUACUCUUUGGCCUUUAGUCAACAGCAGCUUAAAAGAAAUAUUAGGAAAUCAGACAGAAGAAAGCCUGCAAGUUAAUUUCGAAGGAAACUCACAGGUUUGUGAGUGAGUGGAGUGACUCUCGAAAGUUCCCCUGGAUUUCUCUGUGAAAACAUCAUCAGAUUCUGGUUUCCUUAUCAUGGGACCACCCUUACAAUUUCUUCUAUCCAACAGAAUCGUAGAUGGUGAAUGUGUCGUACUUAUUCUAUCAACCUUUGCUCUGCUACCAACUUUUGUGUAAGCGAUGGUUUUAAAUAUAACUGUGUGUAUAGUCUUCUUAGAUUCAUUUUGCAAGGAACUGGCUUUAUUUUAAACUUGUCAUCCUCCUUGCUAUUAAAAUUGUACACACUUCUAUCAAUAUCCUUUUUUGUCAACCAAUACAAAAUGUCAACCAAUACAAUAUCAUGGAACCAUCCUUGGAAUUUCUUCUUUCCAACAAAAAAUAAAUGUAACAACCGGCUUAUGAACGACAGAGUUAUCGCAAACAUACAUAACAAUGUUCAGUGUUUUCCUAAUGUGAAUAAUUGAAUCUAAUUAUGACUUUUAUCACUGUGGCUAUUCAGUUGAAACUCAAAUUUAUAUCCAUAAAAAAGGACUUUUAGGUAAUGUAAUAUUAUGUAUAUGUAUUUACAUAAGUAUAUAAAAAAUAGGUAUGUGAUUGUGCAUAGUGUGUUCAAGUGAAAGUGUCUUUUGGUGCUAAUUCAAUAGUGUACAAAACUAAACGCAUUUGGGAGUUUUAGAAUUAGUGUUGAAGCUGAUUAAAUAAGAAGUUAUAAAAAACAGUAAAAUUUAAACCUUUUUUAGAGCUAGGAACUAUAAAGUGAGGUGUACAAAAGACUCAUCAUCGUCAUAUCAGCGGAUGGAUGGAUAAUAUAUCACUGAAGGAUAUAGGUCUUUUUUUGUAGGGAUCCAAUCCUGAGCCGUCGUCUGCAUCCAGCGACUCCCUGCUUGAUGUCUAAAUUAAUGAGACCUAAUAAAACUACUUUGUAUUUUCUAAUCAAACCUAAAAGUAAAAUUGAUCUAAAACAUCAUUUAAAGCAAGAUUUAUUUUUCUGUAAAAGUUUGAAGGGCAUAUCUUAGCAUUCAGUGGAAUCACCACCUGCCACCGGGUCCAUUGUGUGUGACUAUGGGUGUAGGGUUAAGGAAUUUCUUUACAACAAGUUGUUGGUCUCUCUGUUUAGCUUAGGUAAGUGCCUACUAGAGCAGCUUUGGUUCAUCAUCGUCAUUAGCAUCAUUUUCGGCUCACUGUUGAUCACGAUUCUCCUCUUAGAAUAAGAGGGGUUAGGCCAAUAGUCUGCCACAUUGGCCUAUGCAGAUUGGCAGAUUUCACACACAGAGAAUUGAGAAAAUUCUCAGGUACGCAGUUUUCCUUACGAUAAUCAUAAUAUGAAUUGAUGUAUUUUUACCAAUUGAGACACGUGAUAUUUAAUUUCUUAAAAUUCACAACUGAAAAGUUGAAGGUGCAUGCCCCAGACAAGAUUCGAACCUACACCCUCCAAGUCAAAUUCAGAGGUCAUAUCCACUGGGCUAACACGACUUUCGCAGUUUUGGAUUCCAGUUUUACUUCAACAGUUGUAGUAAAUCCAAGGUCCUUAAGCAGGUUAGUGAGAGAUUUUGCUGGUAUUCUUUUCGUUAAUUUCUUGUAAAAUUCAUUGAUGUUUUUUAGUUUUAUGCACAAUCGAUUUAGCACUGUUAUAUGUUGUAUGUAUGAUAUAGUGAAAUUAUAGAAGUGCUUACCAAGAUUUCUCUAAAUACUAUAAUUAUAUCAUAGUUUAUAGCAAGCCUUUUUGAAAUAUUAAUAUAAGUUUUUCACUGAUUCGGAAUGUUCCUACUUAGAACGAAAAUACUCUGAGUUGGAUGGAAAAGUAAAACAAGGUGUGGACAAACUCAACGUUUUGUAAGAGAUUGAGUUAGCUAGAGAAUGACUUUAAUAUAAUUUAUUUAUAAAAUUCAUUUGCCCUUCAUGUAUUUCCUAAUGGUGGAAACAGGGUGUAUUUCUAUGUUUGUAGUGUUAUAUGAUGCUUGUUUUAUUAUAGUCUGGCAAAUUCGUUGAUAACACUCCCAUGAUAUGCGGGCGACGGGGGGGAAAGACUGCGCGGGUGUGAAAUCGUGCAUGCGGGGUGACGUGCAUCAGUCGUGGGUUUUCAUUCAUCGCUACACGCCCCCCGGCCCGCGCUUGAUAUCGCGAGUGUUACGAAUGAAGUUGCCAAAGUAUAAAUAUUGUAAUUUAACUUAAAACAUUGACUUUUCAAUAGUUUUUAUAAUGUUUGUGUUAGAAAAAAAUCCACCUUCAAAAUGAAAAUUUAAAACGAAUGUAACUGAAUAAACGUAAUUUGAAUUUAUAAAAAAAUAAAUAAAUGAAAUGUAUUAAAUAAAUAUUUUAAAUGCCUUGUUUGUGCUUUAAUGAAAAGUGUAUUAAUAAAAUGUUCAAAAAGGAAGUUUGCAUUAAUAGCUUGGCACGUUCGUUGAAGACACUGCCUUGAUAUGCGGGCGACGGGAGGGGAAGGACUGAGCGGGUAUUAAAUCGAGCGCGCGGGGCCCCCGCGGACCAUUUGGAGUGUUACGAACGAAUUUGCCAAGCUUUAGUGGAUGGCAUGACGAUGAAUAUCACUCAGUUGAUGAUUGUGAUAGCAUUGAUCAUCAAUUAAUUGAUAAUUAUAGUAGGAUUAUCAAUACAUUGUAUGUAGGAGUAUUAAUUGAUGAUGUACUUUUAAUUGGUGCAUAUUAAAUUUUACUUGAUGGUGAUGAUUAUAAUGAUCAUGCUGUAACUCAGACCCAUUACCUUCUAUGAUUUGUAUUGCUGUCAAAUUCGCCAUGUUUUUUGAAGGGACGAGGUAAACUCACACAUCCAAAAUAUUCAACACCUUUAAAUAUAUCCAGUGUCCUCACUACACACAGAUAUAAAUUUUAAAUCCUAUUACACGUGUUAUAUUAACACAGUGAAGCGUUGAUUCUAUCGACGCAGAUUGUAUGAACACAUUUGAUCAUGAUCAAAUUGUUUUGACAGAGGGGGAACCUCUAGCGAGAAGGUAAUUGGUCUGAGUGCUGUAGUAAUUAUUAUCUUCAUACAAUGAUGAAGGUUGAAGAUUUUUUAUGGAUCACAAAACUUAUAUAUAUGUAUCGCAAUGUAAAAUAAACAUAUGUUAAGUAAGAUUAGAGAUGAUUAGCUAGUGCAAUUUAGGUGUACCAUUAUUUAUUGGAAAGGUGGUUUGAUUAUAUUGUUUACAUUCAAAUAUGACCAUUCCAGAAAAGGAUAUCAACUGAGGGCCUAGUGGCAGUUUUCAAUGUUUCAUACUGUGACUAUCGCGUAAACGUAAACGCGAAUUUUUAAGGAAUUGAAGUAGUUGUGCAGUAGUGCCACUAUAAGAGAAUUUAUAAAAUGAAUGUGCUAUAACAUACGCGUUUAACAUCAUAGGAGAUUUUCAUAAUAUUCUAAGAAUAGUUUGUGAAAUAAGAAUUAGAACGGGUUAUAAAAUAUUAAAUUAUUCUUUGAGUUCGAUAUUCAUUCAGUAGUUCAUUCCCGAUAUGGUUUAUCAACGGCCCAUCCCUAGGAUGACGUCACAACUAAUGUCAGUGAUGAGUACGGCCAUGUUUGUUUAAAAACUAUGCCAAUUCUAAAAAGACGAAGUUUAGAUGGCGCGUUUCAGUUUUAGAAAUUCGCGUUUACGUUUACGCGAUAGUCACCGUAUGAAAACAUUGAAAACUCCCACUAGGCACACUGAUAAUAAUUAUAUAAAUGAUGACUAAUUUCUGUGUAUGUCAAAAAAUAUACAAUACAAGUGCAAUUCAUACAUUUUCAGGUAAACACAUUGUUAAAUGAAUAUUUAAAUGCCACAUUGACGCCUUAAACAGCCUUUUUUGAUGUAUCAAUACAAUAAACAACAUAAUGUAGAAAGCAUUCUAAUUCUAAAUAGAUAAAUAUAAUAAUGAAUUUUAAAUAGAUCAAAUUGUAGGAUUACCUUAAUUUAAAACAAUUUUCAAGUUCAAUAAUUUGUUUUUUAAUCUAUUCAUAAAUUAUGCGACUUGAAAAACAAUUUUUAAUGCCUUUUUUCCAACUUCCCCAUGACACUCUAAUCAAUUCUUAUUAUGUUAUUCAUCCUUAUAUAGUAUUGUCUGGUUUCUAUUGAAAAUAUAUAUAUAACCCAACAUUUUACCGUGUGAAGUUAUAAAAAUUACAAUAAUUGGUAUUAUAGAAAAUAUUUCAAAAACAAUUUUAUUAUAGAUCAUAUUUAUCUAGUCCAUUGUAGAUAUCAUGCAUUCAGCUAAGACAAAAGGUUUUGUAUUGUCAAGCAUAUUAUGUUGUAGAUAUAGUUCGAAAAUUUUAUUUCUUUGAGUAUGUGCUAAAUGUACCUAGGUUUCAAGCAAUGAUGUUAUACUAUUAGAUAUGGCACUUGCGCUUCAAAACUGAUGCUAACAAGGUCACCCAAUUGGCUCCAAUUUCAUUUAGUCGCAUAGUAUUUCAACGAAAGUUAUGUUAAGUGUGUUACAUAGCUAGUCGGAGUUAUUUGAAUUACUUUGUAUGAAAACAUAGAAAGUUUUUAUUUUUAUGUUAAAAAACAUAUUAGUUCGGCUCCUAUGUGUGGAGGACUCGUCAACUACCGAACACCCUGUAUAAUAUACAUAUAUUGAAAGUAAGCACAAAAUAGUGCAUGUGUGUGCACAGUGGACUAGCUGAGUAUGGAACAUUUUUUGCGGUGAUUUUGUAGGCACGUAACGUGUCUAAUAGUAUAAAAUCAUUGGUUUUAAGUGAUGAAUAUCCUAAGUUUGUACACUGUUUCUGCAGCCGUACCUACUUGUAUUGGUCACAAAAUUUAUUUAACCGUAGUCGUUUGGAUACCUACUGUCAGACGCAAUAAAAAUAUACAUUAGUCUAUAAUUUUCGUUGUAACGUUUUGUCUUGAACUAAUUACAGACAGACAAUAAUUCUAAAAACUAUAGUUUAUUAUUAGGCAUCCUGUAGCAGUUUUCAUUAAGACGUUUAUUUUGAAAUUUCGGAGAAGCAUUUUAUUUUUACCGAUGUACGUAUUGUUUUUAUGAUAAAUGAUAGAUGCAAUAUCUUUUAACUUUAUUACUUUAUAUAUACAAAAAAAAAUCAAUUUAACUCAUGAAAUAAAGCUAACCCAAUUCGCGUUUAAACAAAAUUUAUAUUAUUAUAGUGAAAAUGUGUUGUAAUCAUAUAAAUAUUCAAUAUUAAAAUAAGUAAAUUACUAAGUUGAAUUUUAUUCAUAAACAAUAAAUAAAAUAUGGGCGAUUGUUAUUUAGAAAUUAAGGAUAAAGUAUUAAUUUUCUUAAUUUGAUUACUUGCGUAGUUUUCUAGCAUAGUUGCAAUAUUUGAGUUCUUUCACAUUUACCAAGACAUUUUUCUGUAGCGAACGAACAAUACCAACCUGGUAUUGUCGUUGCGUUUUUUUAAUCCUUACAAGUUAGCUCUUGACUACAAUCUCACUUGAUGGUUAAGUGAUGGUGCAAUCUAAUAUAAGGCUAAAGGAGUAGGAUAAAAAUCCACACCACUUUCGGUUUGUACACGACGUCAUUGCCGGUAGGGUGGUAACUAGCCACGGCCAAAGCCGCAUUUUUUAAGGAAAACGAGAAAUAUCUUAUACUAAAGUAGAAGUUGUUGUAUUGACCGUUUUUUUUACACCAUUCAAUUAGAUAAAAAGGUAUUUUUACAGAGCUCUUUAACCGACGAACACGAUGAAACAACGAUUAUUUAAACGGUUUUUAUAAUCGCAUUAGAUCGUUGAUCAUAUACUUUGACAGAAAAGUAACGUCUUGCGAGGCAGGUCCUUGCGUGAUUAGUCUGAUCCUGGAAUACCUUAUUAGUAUUGCAACUAUGUUACAUAUAAUCAACCUUGAGGUGUUUCUUUUUGUUUUAUUGUGGUUGUAUGUUUUUAUUCAAUAUGGUAUUGUUAGGUACAUCGAAAUAAAAAAUACCAAAAAAUGUUAAGGUAAUAAAUUCUAAGCAUUUAAUUUGUAUUUUGGUCAAAAUGCUUGUAAGAUCGCGGUGAAAGGUUGUCAUGUUUUGGGAUAAAAUGGGUAUACUUGUUUCUGUGGUAAAUAUUUUGUUUUCAAUAAUAAAUAAAACUGAAGUAAACUACUGCC